AUGUACAACCUCGUCGCCACGGCCCAAGCCCACAUGGAAGUCUCCUGGCCCCCCGUCUUCCGCUCCAAGUAUAACCCAAAGGUCCCCGGCAACCUCAUCGACUACGACAUGACCUCGCCCCUCCACGCCGACGGCUCCAACUUCCCCUGCAAGGGCUACAACGUCGACGCCGGCAGGCCCGAGGGCGCCCCCGGCGUUACCUGGGCGCCCGGCGGCACCUACAACCUCACUGUCGCGGGCUCGGCCACCCACUCCGGCGGCAGCUGCCAGGCCUCGCUGUCCUACGACCGGGGCAAGACCUGGGUCGUCAUCCACUCCUGGAUCGGGGGUUGCCCUCUCACGCCUACCUGGGAUUUCACCCUGCCCAACGACACGCCUCCCGGUGAGGCUCUCUUCUCUUGGACCUGGUUCAACAACAUUGGCAACCGGGAGAUGUACAUGAACUGCGGAGCCGUCACUAUCAGGGCUCCUCGCUACCGUCCUCGCAGUCCUGCUGAUUCCAUCUACAACCGCCCUGCUCAGUUUGUUGCCAACGUCGGCAACGGCUGCUCUACGCUCGAGGGUGCUGAUGUUCUCUUCCCCGAACCUGGCCCGGAUGUCGACUUUGACUCUGCCGGCACUGCUGCCCCUGUUGGCUCUUGCGGUGAUGCUCCCAGGCGCGCUCGCCCUCACCGGGCGUAA